GCCAUGCUCCUGGCCUCGGCCGUGGUGGUGUGGGAAUGGCUGAACGAGCACGGCCGCUGGCGUCCCUACAGCCCGGCGGUGAGCCACCACAUAGAGGCGGUGGUGCGCGCGGGUCCCCGCGCCGGGGGCAGCGUGGUGCUGGGCCAGGUGGACAGCCGGCUCGCGCCCUACAUCAUCGACCUGCAGUCCAUGAACCAGUUCCGCCAAGACACGGGGACUCUCCGUCCAGUUCGCCGCAACUACUACGACCCAUCCUCAGCACCUGGGAAGGGCGUGGUGUGGGAGUGGGAGAAUGACAAUGGUUCUUGGACGCCCUAUGACAUGGACGUCGGCAUCACCAUUCAGCAUGCCUAUGAGAAGCAGCACCCGUGGAUCGACCUCACUUCCAUUGGCUUCAGCUACAUUAUAGACUUUAGCACCAUGGGCCAGAUCAAUAGGCAGACCCAGCGCCAGCGCCGCGUCCGCCGCCGGCUAGACCUCAUCUACCCCAUGGUCACCGGCACUAUGCCAAAGGCUCAGUCCUGGCCGGUCAGUCCUGGAACAGCCACCUCCCCGCCUGCACCACCCUGCUCCUGUCCACAGUGCGUUUUGGUGAUGAGCGUCAAGGCUGCUGUGGUCCAUGGCGGCACCGGGCCCCUUCAACAGCCUUCAGCAACACGCAAGAACACACCCCCCUCUGGAGUGGGCAAGAUGCCCCCGCCGCUUGGACCUGGGGCAAAGCCGCUAGACACUGCAGGCACCAUCCGCGCCCCAGGGAAGACAGCCCCAUCGCAGGUGAUCCGGAGACAAGUCUCGAACACACCAUCUGGGGCGACUGUAGGCUCCCCCACCAGCCCACAAGGAAGCAACAGGAAGACUGGAAGGGUUGCCCUGGCCACUUUGAAUCGGUCCAACCUGCAGCGACUGGCCAUUGCCCAGUCCCGGGUGCUGAUUGCCUCGGGGGUCCCCACUGUGCCUGUGAAAAACUUGAAUGGGUCCAGCCCUGUCAAUCCUGCCUUAGCAGGAAUCACCGGGAUCCUCAUGAGUGCGGCGGGAUUGCCUGUGUGCCUCACUCGGCCGCCAAAGUUGGUCCUCCACCCACCCCCUGUCAGCAAGAGUGAAAUAAAGUCCAUCCCAGGGGUCUCUAACACAAGCCGCAAGACCACCAAAAAACAGGCCAAGAAAGGUAAAACCCCAGAGGAAGUGCUGAAGAAGUACCUGCAGAAGGUCAGGCACCCCCCGGAAGAGGACUGUACCAUCUGUAUGGAGCGUCUCACGGCCCCCUCUGGCUACAAGGGCCCACAGCCUACAGUCAAGCCUGACCUGGUAGGAAAGCUGUCGAGGUGUGGCCACAUCUACCACAUCUACUGCUUGGUGGCCAUGUACAACAAUGGGAACAAGGAUGGGAGUUUACAGUGUCCAACAUGUAAGACCAUUUAUGGUGUCAAGACAGGUACCCAGCCUCCAGGGAAGAUGGAGUACCAUCUCAUCCCCCACUCCUUGCCUGGCCAUCCAGACUGCAAGACCAUCCGGAUCAUCUACAGUAUCCCCCCUGGCAUUCAGGGACCAGAACACCCGAAUCCCGGGAAGAGCUUCAGUGCCCGUGGCUUCCCACGCCAUUGCUACCUUCCAGACAGCGAGAAAGGGAGAAAAGUUCUGAAGUUGCUUCUAGUGGCCUGGGAUCGCCGUCUCAUCUUUGCCAUUGGAACCUCCAGUACCACGGGCGAGUCUGAUACUGUCAUCUGGAAUGAGGUGCAUCACAAGACAGAGUUUGGCUCUAAUCUCACUGGCCAUGGCUACCCAGAUGCCAAUUACCUGGAUAAUGUGCUGGCUGAACUAGCUGCCCAGGGUAUCUCUGAAGACAGCACUGCCCAGGAAAAAGACUGAGGUGGGAGGGUACUGGGGACCACAGAGAAGGAAGCGGAGAGAGUCCAGGUUGAUACCUUACCUCCUGACUCCCUCAUUCCACUUCUUUGUACUUGCCCCACCUCUCAUCCCUCUCAGCCACAGAGGGAGCUAAAUUAAGGUGAUGUCAUUCAUAAACUUCAUCCAAUGCAAAUGGGACGUGGGAUGAGGGCCACCUUCUUUCUGUCCCCCUGGAGUUGUCAGCACUAGGUAGGCAAGAACCUGCACCUCUCCCCACGCUAAGUAGGGGGUAUGGUCAGCACACAUGACAUAUGGGCCGCGGUGGGUCACUCCACUCCCUGGCCUUGUGAAGCCGAGAUCGCUCACCUCGGCUGGCUUCUUGCUGCUUCCGCUCUGUUUUGAGAGCAGAGUGUCUGCUUUUCUUUUCCUUCACCGGCGUCAGGGAGCUCUCACUGUGCAAGACUGGGGAGAGGUGGGUGACCUGCUGCAACCUCAGAAAAUGGCUGCCUGGCCGUAGAGUAAGGAAGCAGUUCAUGCUAAGACGGACGGCGUCGAAGCCUCCGGGAGCUUGUUCAGCUCUCGUUAUAUAUAGUCCCUGGCUUAUCUAGGCCCUCUCGUCCUGCUCCCACUGUUGACCUGUCCUGUAGGCAUCUGGUUCUUUCGAGUGGAUGGAAGGACUCAGGGAUUCCUCUCUGGGGUGGCAUCCUAUGAUGCUGUUCCAACGCCUCUCUGAUCAAAUCAGAGCCUGCAUCCCUCUGAGCAUCUGCACUAUCCUCAGGGAGAGGAGCCCAUAGCCUUUUCCCCAACUCAUCUCAAACCAGCCCAGUCUCAUCAAGUCACUGUGAGUUGGAGCCCACGCUGGGCUCUUUGUCAUCCAUGUAUGUGCAUAUGUUUGUGUGGGUGAAUGCUCUUUACUGGGCCAAGCUGUUGGGAGAGCCCCAUCAUGUGUCUGAAUCCUUUCUCACAUGCCAAAUCCCAGUGCUGUUGGGAACCCGACAGUAAAGGGUUAGCCCUUCACUCUUCCCACCCUUUGCCAGCCCAUCUCACGGUAAACUUGGACCCUGAUAGAUACAGACUGUACUUGGGAAGAUGUGUUGAUACACGAGCUAGAUUGACCUCUCUCUUUCUUAUUAAUGUUAGAUCCAAGCCAGCCUCCAUCCACGCUUGUUUAUAUGAGAGCUCACUGUCCGCAGAUUUGCUAUUGAACCCCUUUCUCCAGCCCCCAUUGAGGGCAGGCUGACCAAAUGCAUGGUGGCGAAAACCUCUUCAGUUCAUUCCUAACAGUCAGGAACACAUUCUGGGCCUCUUUAGCCUGCAUCUGGGGAGGUGUCCCAAAAUCCAGUCUAUCCCCAACAUCUCCUCACCUAUGGCUCCAUUAAAGAAUGGAUUAGGUAAGUAUCAAGUAAGAGAGAAUGAAGAAUCAAGAAGGGCCAAUUUUCCCUGUGGAAGUGGGUCCUUUCACCUGUGUGUCUGGGGAAAGUUCCUCUGGAUACUAAUUUGAAUUUAUAUACCAUGUUUUGAGGGUUUCAAACACACACACACACACACACACACACACACACACACAAAGUUCAUAAGAUUUGAAAAGUUUUAAUGCUUGGGAAAAGAGAGAGAGAAAGAAAUAAAACAAUCUUCCACAAUGGUACUUAAGUUAGAACUGGAGUCCACACUUUCAUGACACCCUGCCCGGAGGUGCCUCCUGUUGGGCCACCAGCAUUAUUGAUAUCAUUGUUGUGGCCAGUUGAAUCACCCAAGUGUCCCCACCCCAGUCCCUUUUACUCUGCAAACGGCUAAUGGAACUUUAAUCACCUCCCACUAGAGGGAGCUGUGGAAGGAGAGAAGGCUCUGCCAUCUUAGUCCAGCCCCUUCUAUCAAUGGGAGGCCAUUUUGUCUCACUCAGACUGCGGAGUUCACUGCCCCUUGGGGAAAACUCCUGCUACAGUAGAGAAAGAAGCUUCAGGACUAGAUAGAAGGCACAUAUGCACAGAAUUUAAAGUCACGCCCAUGCCUUUUAUCAGGUUUCCUCAUGUCAGAGAUUGAGGGCUUAUAAUCAUAAUCAUUUUUACCCUUUGUUCUCUUGUUACCUACCUGCCAUACCUCUUGGCAACAGGGAGGAGAAGAUAGACUGGGAGUCCGUGGGUAGGGAAAUGAAGCCAUGGGAAAUGAGGAAAUGAAAACAGGCUCUGAGACGUGGAAAUGGCCAGCGGGGGAUGUUUUCAUGAAGCAGAGGCGGUAUGAGCAGAAAAGGGGUAGCAAAGGCAGAAGGAAGAAGACAUCUAAGGGAGGGAUUGUUCUAGGAGAAAUACCAUUUUGAGGGUUAGUCCUCAUGCCUUCUAACAUUUCCCCAGAGGACUUUGAAAUGCCUGUGCCUCACUUCCCUCUUCUUUGAGGAUGCUCAGAGGGGCCACUUUCCCCUCGUGCUUCACUCCUUCAAUUUUCUGGUCUGAUAGAACCUUGGAACUCUCAACAGUGUUUCAGUCAGUCAAAACAAUGGUGACUAUCUUGCUCUUUCUCUUGUGCUAACCCAAAAUGUUACAGAAUUGGUUCCAAUGAGAUUAGGCCCUGGGGACCAACUACUUUGACCCAGAGAGUUUUUCCAAGAGAAGCUCUGAUGUGCUCUCCUUGACCAAGCAGGGGACCCCAUGCUUUUUCUUUCACCUUCUCAGCACCAGCAGCCAUGUUCUCCCUCCCUGAGACUCCGGGGAUGACAAAUGGGAUUGGAGACACACCUUGUGAGAUGCUGAUCCCUCGGAAAGCUAUGUGCUGUACCUGUGGUUGUCUGUGCCUUUGUGUUUUCAUUCCCCUUCUCCCUUUUGUAAGAUUCUCUGUGAUUUUAUACUUGGUCAAAAGUACUUGUCCUGGUAUCACAGUGCUGUGUGCAUGAGAGGAUUGGGAGGAGGCUGGCGUGGCUCAAGAAAGAACCAUUCCCCAUUUGCUUGUUGGUGGUCACUUAUAUGUCAGUGGGGGUUUCUGGGAGAGGGCUGGUGGAUGUCCAGGUGUCAGGUGUUGUGUUUGUAACUGCUGUGAUUUGAAGUUCCUGGUGUUGUUCUGUGGGAGGACAUCGCCCCCUGGUGCUCAUGAGGUGUAUGUGCAGAACAAUAAACUGCAAAUGAACAA